GUUGGCUACAAAGGCUAGACUUCCCAGCGUGUCUAUUCUAUAACUGGUCUAAGGUACUGACACUGUAUGAUUGUAUUUUCUAUUUUUGUUCAAUGUCGCAAAUCAAAUACUUUUCAGUUCUUAGAUUGUGCUUUUUUAUUACUCUUAUUGAAUUUGUUUCACGAAAUCACAAAAAAUCGAUGUGAUUCAACAGUCAAGCUUUUCAUAAAAUCAAAACUUGGUUUUGCAUUAAAUUUAUUGAUAAACAAUAUUGCAGCUGUAGCCUAACCUAUAAUAAUUUUAUAAUGGAAGGUAGCAGUACAUCUGAGCCAAAUAUUCAAGAUUUAUUCGAAAAGGACAGAUUUCCAAAGAAAGGAUGGCAGAUACUCACUCUUCUUUUGUACUCUCCUCUUGGAUUGUGUUUGGCCACUGUGCGAUUGUUUAUUUUGGCACAGGCAUAUGCUGCACUCAUUAUUCUUAUAAACUUGAACUGUGGUAGAAGUGUUUUCACGAGAGUUAUUGGUGCUGUACUGGGCAUAGUGCUCUAUAGAGAGAAUGAAAAUGGAAGAGACAGCUCGGCUAAAGUCAUAAUCUCCAAUAAAGUAACUUGUUUGGAUAACAUCGCCAUUUUCUUGACAUCUGGUGCUUUCUCAUGGGAUCUUCCAUCGCCUCUAGCGUGGGUUUUGGGAGUUCUGGACACAACCGAUGGACGCAGACCGAUUUUUAGCAAAAUGAAAUAUCAAGUGGACAACUUUCCCGAGCCAAUGCUACUCCAGCCAGAAGAAGCAACCACUAGCGGCAAAGUGGGUCUCCUCAAAUUUGCACCUUGGACGGCCAAAUUUAGCGAUACAAUGCAACCCCUAGUGAUAGAAGUUUGGAGACCUACAGCUUUAGAAACGUCCGUAGAUGUUCUUGGAUCUUCCCUAUUCUUCGAUGUUUUCUGGUUUUUCUUCACACCAUUCACAGUUUUCAAACUCAAAUACCUCCCUGUCAUAACAAGAAAGGCGAAUGAAUCAGAUGAAGAUCUCUUGGGAAGGAUUCAAUCAACUAUUGCAUGUGAACUUGGUAUUUGUGCCACAAGACACACUGCAGCUGAUAAAGUUAGUAGCUGUUUUAUCCAAUGUAAUAUUUUGAUUUUUCUCAUAGGGUCUACCUAUUACCCAAUAAGGCACACCAAGCAAAGCCAACAAUUCUGUGUUAUUGGUAGAACACAUAGCGUUGAUCUGACGAUAUCGAAUAUUCUUGAGGAGAGUGUGCCAUUCGCCGCCAUUCAAGAGCCUCAUCGACCCCAACCCGUGCAGCCGGCUGCUGUGCCACGUCCAAGUAGUCAGCCAGUCGUGCAGUCUGUGAGCCAAGGGGGACAAGGCAAAAUGAUAUCAUUCGUGGAAAGGAAAGCCAAAUUGAUUGCAGAUGCUCGGAGAAAAUACAUCGAAAAGCACGGCCUUGUAGAUGCUUGGGCUGAAUAGAAUUAAGUAAUGUAUCUGACUGAAAUUUAUUGACUUCUUUGUAUUCGGAUGUAAUAGCCUGCGGGCAGUUUCAUUGGAGCUGUAGAAUCAUCAAUAGUUAAUUAUUGAAUCGGUUGAGUAGGUGAUUUUACAUUGUUUGAAAUGUAUUUGAAUGCUCUUCAACUCGAGUAGGCAGUGUCUCCUAGAUGACUUCUAAAUUAUUGUUAUUCAAUAGUAAUCACUGAUCAUAAGAAUUUCAGUGAUUAUAAAAAUGUCUAAAGUUUGAAAAGAUUUGUAUAACCUUGUUCAUUCUUAGCCUAUAUAAAAUUUAUUUAUGAAUGAUUGUUGAUAAGAUAUGGAAACUAUAUUCUCGUAAUUAAUCCACUUGCAGGUUUCCAUUUCCAUACAGUUGAAAGCAUUCUCAAAAAUGUAAAUAGUUCUGUUUAUAGAAUAUAAAAUUCUCUUUUUGUAUUCAGUUUUAUUUGGUCUAACAACAGGUUUGUAAAAUAUUUAAAAACAUAACUUCACUUUUAAUCCAUCCAAAUUAUGCUAAUGAAUAAAACAUUGCGUUUUGCAUUGUCCCAUUUUAUCCCGAACCAAUUUUUUUAAUAUGUUUUUCAGAUAAAAAUACUAAGUUUAAACCCUAUUUAGUCCUCGAUUGUAUCCCAAUAUUGCUAAUGUGUUUUUUGAGUUGGCUGAAAACAGGUGUGACCAUAGUAACGGUAGGAUAAUUCACAGCCAUUGACAAACCGUAGCCUACCUUACUUGAUUCAAAUAUACAGAUCAGUAAACCACACGAAUGUAUAUGGACAAUGAUUCAUUUCAUUGUCAAAUGGGCCAGUACACUUUGAAAAUCCCAUAGGCCUAAUUAAUUCCAAAUAAUUUCUUCUCAUGAUAGAAUUUUUUAUUUCUUAGUUAUAUGUUUUUUAAAUUAUCAACUAGAUUUACUUUUAUUUCUCAUCCAUCAUAAAAAUCAUACUGAAUAAAAAGACUAGAUAUUGUCCAACCACAAAUUUAUUAAAAGUAGAGAUACCGGUUUUGGUUGUUACUCCAUUAUCAAUCUCUGGUAAUUUUUUACCGAUUUACCAGAUAUUGAUAAUGAUAUAACAACCGAAACCGGUCGUUCGAUUUCAAAUAAAUCUGUGGUUGAACAAUAUCUAGUAUUUUUAUUCAGUAUUGAUAAGUAUGAACUUCGCCUCCACAACUACUCCGAAAAUGAAAAUAACAGCAAUCCUAAUUAGCUUCACAUUGCCUAUUGUCUAUGCACCCACCCAAAUCUUCUCCAGAAUCUUCCUUGGUGAGUAGCCUACCCCACCUUUUAGGAGCAUCUUCCUCAUCAUCUGCUUGAAUAAUUUUUAGUCCUUCUGGAGGGUAAAUCCAGGCCUGAAAGUAGUAAUAACGUUGUUCCCAUCCAAUAUUGGCAGAAAAAAAGUAAUAUAUAAGUUGCUGCCAAUUUUAGUGGUUUGUCCUAGCUUUACCAUAUUAUGGUAGCAGUAAAAUAAUAAAAAACUUGUUUGUGAAGGUAAAAUAUGAUAAAACUUAUGAAUAUCUAACAACAAAUCAUUGUUCACUAUUUUUUAUUGUUUCCAAUCUGAAAUAAUUAUCAUUAAAAACGUAUCCUAGAAUUUCCUUACUGAAAGUGUAGAUACAUCUCAUCCAGCAACAAAAAAUCCUAGUGGACAAUCAAAAUAGGCUUAGAUCACUGUUGGAUGAUUCCAAUCUCAACCAAUAACAAACUAGAAAUGCUGGACCUGCUCUUCUAGAAAGGAUUUGUUAGAUUUUCCUACUCAAAAAGCAACUGAUCAAAAAAUGUCCCACUCAUUUUCACACUGCUUGUUUAGUGUGACCAUAUGGUGACUCUAGGAUAACAUUAGUUUGAGCAAAAGCAGUUGACAGAUUCUAGCAAGGUAUCUAGAAUGUAUUCUAGGUACAUUGGAUUCUACCAUAGCCACCUCCAAUACCUCUGUAUUAGAGGUGGCUUAUGGUUCUACCGUUUCUACAAACUUGAAUGUUCUUUUAAAAUAUUUUUUUUGUAGAUUCUAAUAAACGUAACAUUUUCAUCUCUACAUCUAUGCUUAUAUAUACUGAAUUUUAAGGGAGUUUUUCAUUAAUUCAAUAAUGCUCAUCUGUAGGGUGCAACUCAAAUUACGAGCAAAUCAAUAAUAUUAUCAUCAGAAACGGGAUGAAAUAUAUUUUUAUUUUUGCAUAAGUUUUGUCACUGUACAAGAGUUUUUUCGUGCUCCAUAAAUGAAGUACAUUUUUCAAUUUCAAAAAAAUUUUUGUUAUGAAUAGGCCUAUAUAAUAUAAAUUUUAUUCCAAAACAUGUGUUAUACGUAUAGUUACUGUAUAAUGAACGUUGUCAAAUGUAAAUAAUAUCAAUAUAGAACAAAAUCCUGUUUAUGAAAUUUAUGUAAUUAUCAAACAGGAAAGAAUAAAAAAUAAUAUAUAUGAUCUACUGUCAAUG